UUUACAAAAAAAUAUUUCAAUCGCCAAUUGGUUCUGCUUGAAGUGAAGAAAUAUCACUUAACAGAGAAAAACUUAGCAGUUUUAGUAUAAAAUACAUUGCCCUUAACGUACUGUGACCAUGAAGGCUGUUUACGUACUUCUACUGUUGGCCCUUGUUGGAAUCGUUUGUGCAAAAACUCUUGAUCGAGCGAAAGAACCAUCUCAUUCAAAGCAUCCUCCUAAACACUCUGAUGAUGACUCUGGUGAACACGAUGAUAAACACGAUAAUGAACACGGUGGACACGAUGGUGGACACGAUGGUGGACACGGUGGUGGUGGACACGGUGGUGGUGGACACGAUGGUGGACACGAUGAUGGACACGAUGGUGGACACGAUGAUGGACACGAUGGUGGACACGAUAAUGGACACAAUGGUGGACACAAUGGUGGUGGAAAUAAUGGUGAUAACGGCGAUGAUAAUGGUGGUAACGGCGGUGGUAACGGCGGUGGUCAUGGUGGUCAGGGUGGUUUAGGACUAAUAGACCUUGUUUUGCAACUUGCGUGCAGUUUACUGGGACCAUUACUAAGUAGUCUAGGUCUAGGUGGUCUUUGUCUGAAGUUUCAUUGAAAGAAAAAAUUAAAUACACACCACAAAGGAUAACUUCUAUUAUUGACGUCGUAAAGACACUCUUAUGAAAUAUAUUA